CAACCACCAUUAUUCUCCUUCACCUCUACCACCUUCCUUCCUCUUCUAACCUGCAACUCCGCUCCCCAUCUCCCCAUGGAGGAGCGGGUCCCACCUGCCUCCUACAAUAAACCAGAUUUGGGUAAACCUCCUACAUCUCCUCCUCCUCGUCCUCCUCCUCCUUUUCCUGGUCAUGGAAUUCAUGAAACUGAAGACGCCUUACGUUCGGGCACUUACGUCGUUCAAGUCCCUAAAGACCAAAUCUACCGCGUCCCUCCACCAGAGAACGCCGCCUAUCUCGAGCGUCAGAGGAAAAAUCCUACCCCACAAAAGAAGAGAUCUAUGUGCUCUUGCAUUCUCUUCCCCAUCCUCAUCCUCUUCAUCCUCGCCCUUAUCCUCCUACUCAUUGUAGGUAUCACCUACUUCAUCGUCCAGCCCAAGAAGGUCAACUUCUCCAUCCAAAGCCUCCUCAUAGGAAACUCCCACAAGAAUCCAGAGUUUGAUGUCACCUUAAAGGCUGAGAAUCCUAAUGGGCAAAUGGGUGUUAACUGCCUUAAAGGAGGUGAUGCUUCUCUCUCUUUCAAGCAAAAUAAGAUCUCCACCGGCAACCCUCCAGCUUUCUCCACAGAGGCUAAAACUUCCACCCGGGUCAGGCUUGUACUAUCUGGGUUGAAGGGUAAGUUACCUUCUCAGUUACAGAAAAGCAUGCAAGGAAAGGGGACGAAGAAAGAAAGUAUAGCUUUGUCUCUAUUGGUUAACAUUCCUGUGAAGAUGGAGAUUGGUGUUUUGACUUCAUGGAGUAUGAACAUGGCUGUUACAUGUGAUUUGACUGUGAAUACAUUGGCGAAAGGCACAAGGGUCUUGUCUCAGAAAUGUCAAACAAAGAUCCAAGUCUUCUCAUAAGUAUAGAAGAAGAAGGGGUGGCCGAUGAUAAGAGUGGUGAUGGUGAUGGAUCAUGGCGUGUUGUGUUUGUUGUUGGAGGUGGUGGAGGUAGCAAAAAAAAAAUCAAAAAAUUUUCUUUCAUUAAUCUCCUUAAUUCUCUUCUUAGUCUCAAACAUUCAAAUUUCUGUUCUUUUACUUUAUUUACAAUUUAACCUUUUCUUCCCUUCUGAUUGAGAGGUCCGGCGAAUGCAAAAGACAUUGUACAAGGGCUUAUUGAUUUUUUUCUCUCUCCUUUUUUCCCCAUCUUAAUAUUAUUAGUAUGUCUUAAAUUGGGCAUGGGGACGAUUGAUUCUGAUUUUUUUUUUUUUUUUUUAAAUUUGAGGUGAAGUAGAAC